GUCAACUCUGCUCUUGCCUUUCUCCAAGAAAGACUUCAGCAGUAUAGGGUGGUUGAAAUGAAACUUCUGGCUCAGCAGAGGGAUCUUCAGGCAAAGAUUCCUGAUAUAGAGAAAUGCUUGGACAUAGUUGCUACCUUGCAAGCUAAGAAGGGCAGUGGUGAGGCCCUAAUUGCUGAUUUUGAAGUGUCAGAAGGGAUUUAUUCUCGGGCAAGAAUUGAAGAAUCUGAUUCGGUGUGUCUAUGGCUUGGGGCAAAUGUUAUGCUGGAGUAUUCAUGUGAAGAGGCUACUACCCUUCCUAAGAAAAACAUGGAAAAUGCAAAAGCCAGCUUAGAAGUUCUUGUUGCGGAUCUACAAUUUUUGAGGGAUCAAGUGACAAUCACUCAGGUCCAUUCUGCUUUAACUCUUAUCUUAGACUAUAACUUGGGCAGUGUUUAAUUGUCUUUACUAUGCAAGAAAAUGAUAUUGCUUUAUAUCCAAAAAAGAAAUUGAUUUGUAAAUACCUGUGAAUGCAUCUAAUGUUGGAAGUGAGCAAAUUUAUGAAGCAAAAGCUUUUAGUAGCUCAAGAUCUCACUUUUCAGAUUCCAUUGUGGAAGUGACAAUUUUUUCUGAAGAAUUCGCCAUAAUAUAUACCUAAUGGUAUAAAAAGCGUAAAACAGAAAACAACUCUAAGGUCUGUUGGGGCUUUAAGCGCAAAAAGCAAAUAAAGGGUGGGUUUUAUUGAAAAAAAAUGCAAAUGGAGAAAACAUACA